UCUUUUGAGUGGGUGUACGACUAUUUGGGAGGGUCUGGCAAGUGUCGCUAGUGCAACCCCCGCUACAUACAGAACUAACCCUCAACAUGAGUGUGCAGGCUGCUCCACCGAGCUAUGCGGAAGCCACAGCAGGAGACAAGGAGCAUGUAGGGGGGACAGUGGUCAUGCCCUCCUAUGGUGCCAACGGGUUGCCACCCAUGAUGUCACCACCUUCUGUCCCCUGCCAUGCCAGUUGGACCUACAUGCACCCUCGGCCCAAUCCGGGCUACACCAACCACUGCCCGUCAGAUAUUUCCUCCCACUUAUCUGAUCCCAGCACAAGCAGCUUAGAUGGAAACAAUUGGGAGGAUAAAAACAUCCGCCGCAUGUUCAUACGCAAGGUGUUCUGCAUUCUGAUGGUCCAGCUGUUUGUGACUUUUGGUAUUGUGGCUCUCUUUACAUUUUGUGAGCCAGUCCGACAGUACGUACAGUACAACAGAAUCCUCUACCUAGCAUCCUACAUCACCUUCAUGGGAACAUAUCUGGUGCUUGUCUGCAGCACUAAUGCCCGACGACAGUACCCUACAAACCUCAUUCUUCUGAGUAUCUUUACAUUAGCUAUGUCCUACAUGGCAGGGAUGCUGGCCAGCUACCACAACACUAAAGUGGUGAUGCUUUGCAUUGGUAUCACUGCCCUAGUGUGUCUGUUCAUCACACUGUUCUGUUUCCAAACUAAGUUUGAUUUGACAUCUUGCCAUGGUCUGCUGUUCUCUUUCAUGAUGGUGCUCAUGAUAACAGGGCUGCUGCUCCUGUUUACUGUUCCCUUUGGUUAUAUUCCUUGGUUGCAGACCAUGUAUGCUGGACUUGGCGCCCUGGUGUUCACAUUGUUCUUGGCGUUUGAUGUGCAACUGUUGAUGGGAAACAGACGUUACUGUCUAAGCCCAGAGGAACAUGUGUUUGGAGCCUUGUGUCUCUACAUGGAUGUGGUCUACAUAUUUUUCUUUCUCCUACAGCUUUUUGGCAGUCAGGAAUGAGCAGAACCUCAGUGAAGUGUUUUUGUUUCAAUGGCAUCCCAAGCAGAUAAAAAACUGAUAUACAUGUUCACACAUUUACAGACACACAUUUAAGGUUCACAUUCUGAACCUUAAAGAUAAAGUGACAAGCACAUUUAAUUUGUGAAAGUAUGGGCUUUAUUUACAUUUCUGGAUUUUAGGGUAAAGACAAAUGGAUUAUGUGAAGACAACUUGAAAUAUACUGUGGUAUUUAAACCUUUAUGUCUACUAGUAUUGAAACAGAGAUGUAUGCGUUUCUCUGCCUCUGACCUCACAGAAAUGUUCUUACACUGAUAACAUGCACACACAUACUUAAGUUGUCUGCAUUGCACUACUGUCUCCUGCAAUAUUAUACUCUUAUGUUUCAUGUUACCUCCUUCUUGUGAAUCACCUUCUACUGGUGAUUGAGCAAUGCCACCCAAUCACUGACUGUGGUGGGAGAGGCAAACACAACUGCCUUUUAUAGAGUUGUGGGUCAGUACUUUCAAUUGUUUAAUCUCUUUUUCCAUCAGCUGUGGACCCAAUGUAACGAGUAGCUAGCUAGGAUCCCAUAUAUGUUUAAGUCAUGAAAUUGGUAUAUAUGUUUGUUUUGCGAUGUUUUCUUAGUUUUUGGUAUUGGUACUGUAUGCAACUUUUUCUCAUCCUUGUUAUUGCUUUAUACACCUACCAGAAGACAGUGCAUGCUUUUAACGUUGAUGUACAUUCAUGUUAUGGUACAAUCUACUUUGACGCAAUGUUGUCUGACAAUUCUACCCAAUCAACUAUUUUAGGGUAUUUAUAUAAAAAUACAAGUAUCAGAUAUUUACGUUAUGUGGACCUACAAAAGAAGUACUUAGGGAGCCAUCAUUGUUAUGGUAACAACAUGAGUGCUUAUUCAGGUGCUGUUUACCAGCAUUUUAAACCAUUAUUACAAUAUUGUGUUUCUAAGUUUUAAACAUUCAAUACGUUUUUGUAAGAUAUUUUGUUUUAAUGUUGGUUAUUAUUACAAACAACAAUCAAUAAUUGAUCUAUGUUCUCUAAUGACCAAUUUUCUUCUCGCAAAUUUGAUUAUGUUGAUAAAUAUUAUAAAUAUUUAUUUUUCCUGUGGUUUACACUAUGUAAUGCACUAUACUCAAUAAAUGAAAUCCCAAGAUAAUGAGAUGGUUGACUAUGAUAUAUGUAUGAUACAUAAGUAGGUAUAUUAGUAAUGUGCUUUGUGUGUUGUGUCUCUGUUAAGAGAGCCUGUAUGAGAGUAUGAUCUCAUAUUUUUUGCAUUAAGGGCUUCUGUCUCAAAUGCCCUUCUAAACCUAUAUUUUACUAUUUUAGGCCCUCAACCUGAAUAGUAAAAAAUGAGAAUAAAUCUAUACUCUGUUUUGUGAGAUGUUAUUUUUCUGUUUAUUUAUGAAAUAAAGUAAGUUUGUG